UCCUAAAAAUCAAAGCUUGAAACUUGAAAGUUGAAAACUUGAAACCCUCAAGUCCCAACCAAAGUUGCAACUGACACAGUAACCAAGAUUGCAUUUUUUUACCCCCUUCUUCCUUCUCCAGCAUCAUCAAACAUCACAACACAAACCUCAAAUGCCUACUACCACCACCACUUUUUCUUGCUUCCUCUUCACCUUCCUCAUCACCACUUCCACCAUGGCUUCUAUGGUUGGAGCUGUGGGGGUGAACUGGGGCACCAUGGCUUCUCACCCACUUCCACCCCACAAGGUGGUGAAGCUCUUGAAGUCCAACAGCAUCAACAAAGUCAAGCUCUUUGAUGCCAACUCUGAUGUUCUUCAGGCCCUUUCUGGCUCCAACAUUGCUGUUACUGUGGGUGUUCCCAACACUUUGCUCAGAAGCUUGAACUCUUCUAAGAAGGGUGCUGAUAGCUGGGUCCAUGAUAAUGUUACCCGCUACAUGCCUAAUGGGGGCACUGUUACUCGAAUCGAAUAUGUUGCUGUUGGUGAUGAGCCAUUUCUUAAAAGCUAUGGUGAACAAUUUCAUCCCUUCCUAAUUGGAGCUGCUAUGAACAUUCAAGCAGCUCUAAAAAAAGCAAAAUUGGACAGCAAAGUGAAAGUUGUAGUUCCAUGCAGCUUUGACAGUUUUGAGUCAGGAUUUAACCUGUCCUCGGGAGUAAAUUUCAGGCCUGACCUCAACAAAACCAUGAUUGAGCUCCUUGCAUUUCUUGAUAAGCAUGGAUCACCUUUCUUUGUGACCAUUUCUCCGUUCAUAACCCACCUUCAAACCAAAAACAUUUCGCUGGACUUCUCCCUCUUCAAAGAAACUGCACGCCCUCAUAAUCUUAGCCAUAAAACAUACAAAAACAGCUUUGACUUGAGCUAUGAUACAGUGGCUACUGUAUUAUCAACAGCGGGAUAUCCUAAUAUGGACAUUGUCGUGGCGAAGAUUGGUUGGCCAACAGAUGGAGCUGCCAAUGCAAGCUCAUACCUUGCAGAAACCUUCAUUAAAGGCCUUAUAAACCACCUUCAUAGUAACUUGGGGACACCACUUAAGCCACACAAGCCACCACUUGAAACAUACAUUUUGAGCCUUCUUGAUGAGGACCAAAGGAGUAUUACUUCUGGAAACUUUGAAAGGCAUUGGGGUUUGUUCACUUUCGACGGCCAAGCAAAGUACCAUGUGGAUCUUGGCCAAGGUUCAAAGAGCCUCGUGAAUGCUCAAAAUGUGGAGUAUCUGUCUUCUAAGUGGUGUGUUGUGAACAACAAUAAGGACUUGUCAAAUGCAACUGCCAGUGCUUUAGAGGCUUGUGCAAAUGCUGAUUGUACUGCAUUGUCUCCUGGUGGAUCUUGCUUUAACAUCAGCUGGCCUAGUAACAUAUCAUAUGCUUUUAAUAGUUACUAUCAGCAGCAUGACCAGAGAGCGGAAAGCUGUGACUUUGGAGGUCUAGGUUUGAUCACUACUGUUGAUCCAUCCAUGGAUCGUUGCAGGUUUCCUAUUGAGAUUCGCGUCUCUCACGCAGAAUUUCACAGGAUGUGUAAUUUCCUGCGGGUGAUUUUACUUGUAACAACCCUCUUGGCAUCUUUGACGGUUUGAGUUUGAGUUUGACAUAGGUAACAAUGAGG